AUGGAAUGUGCCCAAGAAGAAUUAAAGAAAAUCCUUAAAAAAUGUCAAACUAAAAAGGUUGAUAUAAAAAAGUUGCAAAUAAUUGACACAUUCUUAACAGAAUAUAAAAAGCCAAAAACUAGAAAACAAACAUACUGUAAAGUAGUAAUCAUUUUAUGUUUAGUGGCUUAUGCAGUGCAUUAUUAUUUCAGUGAUUUGAGUUCUAAGCGCUGUUCCUUGAUAAUGCCCCAACUGGUACGUUACGCAUUUCGUCCUCCGGAAAAUUGUAAUUUUUGCCAAAAUGUUGAUCAUAUAGCUCGUGUUAGUGCUAUAUCAUCCCAAGAGUUUGCUGAACGAUAUGCCUACUCAGCUACUCCUGUUAUAGUGGAAGAUGCCACUCAAAAUUGGACAGCUUUGGAAAAAUUUAACUAUUGGUAUUUUCGCGACAUUUACAAUAAUGCCAAAAGAAAACAGAAAAUCUUAGAUUGCCAAUUUCUCCCCUAUAAGACGGGCUUUCAUGAUUUGUUUGAGGCUUUAGAUAUGCCCCGACAAAGAGUGGAUUUUCUGGAGGGUCAUCAGGAGAAACCUUGGUAUUUUGGUUGGAGUAAUUGCAAUCCCGAAACAGCAGAGGAAUUUCGCCGUCAUUAUGGUCGUCCAUAUUUUUUGCCCGAGACUUCAGAGAAUAAUGCUGUAGAUUGGUUUUUUAUUGGCACUAGUGGUUUGGGUGCUCAUAUGCAUAUCGAUAAUGUACGCCUACCCUCCUGGCAGGCCCAAUUGUCGGGCAGCAAACUUUGGCUAUUGGCUCCACCACCCGAAUGUUAUUUUCAAUGUAAAUCAUUUGAUGCCAUAGUCAAAAAGGGUGAUGUCAUUGUUUUAGACACCAACAAGUGGUAUCAUCAAACUUUUGUACAACCUGGCGAUAUAAGUUUGACCAUAGGUGCGGAAUAUGAUUAAAACGAAGCAUAAAAUAAUGAAAUGUA